GUAAUUUAUUGAAGCAAACUGUAAGUAACGCUUAAUUUUUUGUGUGAGCAAUUAUUUAAUGAGAAAAUGAUAAAUUGUGAACGUGAUUUCGGAAUAUUCUUUGAAUUUAUUGUAUUUUAAUCAGUCAUCGUGUGUGCCAGUAUUGACCUUCAUCAUUCAACAUCCUUUGUGGAAUUUUUAAGUGAUAAAAUUCUUUCUGGCGACACUUAAGUUCUAUAAUGUACUAUGCUGGUUUAUUAUAUUUUAUGGUGUAAAGUCCGUGACGUUGAACAUUACAUGAUUACAAAUUCUUUUCAAAUGUAUCACUGCUACGUAGUUGUAUUGAUGAGGUCAUUGUGUCGUGAUACGGCUGUUUGAAAAUUAUUGCAAUAUAUCUGUUUUACGCCAAUAAUUUUGUUUUGUGGGUAAAUAAGGGCGCACGUUUUCGAAAUCCGUUUUAACUACGCAUUACAGUAAAAGGUGUGGCUGACGCCAUAUUGUCAUUCGCUUGCCGGUGCCUUGAUGGAGUAGCGCAGUAGUUGAAAGUUGGGCUUUUAUCUUUGUCGUUGCCAGUUCAUUGCCGGUCUUCCCACUUUGUGAACGAGGGGUGGAAAUACCUUACUUUUUUGGAUAUACUCUGAUUUAGAAUUAGAUAAAAAAUGUCCGCUCCCGACAAAGAUGAAUUAGUUCAAAGAGCCAAACUUGCCGAACAAGCAGAACGCUAUGAUGAUAUGGCUUCGGCAAUGAAAUCUGUUACCGAGACGGGAGUAGAGUUAAGUAAUGAAGAAAGAAACCUCCUCUCAGUGGCAUACAAAAAUGUUGUAGGUGCGAGGCGGUCGUCGUGGAGAGUAAUUUCUUCAAUUGAGCAAAAGACUGAGGGUUCUGAAAGAAAACAACAAAUGGCCAAAGAGUACAGAGAGAAGGUUGAAAAAGAAUUGAGAGAGAUCUGCGAUGAUGUCCUUGGACUCCUCGACAAAUACCUUAUUCCCAAAGCUAGCAAUGCAGAAUCAAAAGUAUUCUACCUUAAGAUGAAAGGAGAUUAUUACAGGUAUCUCGCAGAAGUAGCCACCGGAGAUACAAGGAACACUGUCGUCGACUACUCACAAAAAGCAUACCAAGAUGCUUUUGAAAUUUCUAAGGCAAAGAUGACGCCAACACAUCCAAUCAGGUUGGGAUUGGCACUCAAUUUCUCAGUUUUUUAUUAUGAGAUAUUAAAUUCGCCAGAUAAAGCAUGCCAACUAGCGAAACAGGCCUUUGAUGAUGCAAUAGCUGAGUUGGACACAUUAAAUGAAGACUCGUAUAAGGACAGUACCCUUAUCAUGCAGCUGCUCCGAGACAACCUCACACUUUGGACAAGUGACACACAGGGGGAAGCGGAUGAGCCUCAAGAAUCUGGUGAUAAUUGAAGUGUGGCGUGUCCGUUUUUAACUAUUCGUUACAAAAAUGAAAUUUCAUGUAAGUUAACGUAUUCGUGGAACUUGGUUGUGAAGUUUCAUUGACAGUUUUUGAGUUUCACUUUGAUGAAACUUUUGAUAUUUAAAAUGUUUUUAGGAGAUAUGUAAAUCGUUAAAUUAUGUUACAUUGUCACACAACCAGCAUAUAAUUUUUCGCAACAAGUAAUUUAAGCCAUAAACAAACAGUCAAAAGAUAUGCAGUUAUAUGCUUUACUGGUUUAAAGUAUGUGAUUGUAUAUUUUAGUUGCUGAAUGUUGUGUGAUUUAAUGUCAAUUCUUCUGCAACAAAUUUUGUUUUUUUAUAAUUGAUUAUUUUACUUUUUUUUAUAUAAAUUAAUGUCUCCUCCGAUGUGACAAUUUAUUUGAAAUUUCAACUUUUUUUAAGGUCUAACUCGUUAACUAUUAAAAUUAUUAUUUAAUAACAUUGUUUUAGUUUUAUCUUUUUUAUUUUGUAUUUUUCCAUUGUUGAACUCUCCAUGAAUUAUUACCUCUUUAUUUCGAGUCAUUUCAAUCAUUACAUUACCUUUAGUCCACCUAAUUAAUUUUGCACACCACUGCAUGGGCCAAUACCUGCCCUUUCCCCAAAAAACCCUAUGUUUACCGUAAAACACUCACUUUGGAUGUGCUAUAUAUAAAUGUAUGAAUAUGUAUUAAAAUAAACUGCUAUCAAGCU